AUGGGGACCUUUGACCUGUGGACAGAUUACCUGGGUUUGGCACGUCUGGUGGGGGCUCUGCGUGGGGAAGAAGAACCUGACAACAGGCUGGACCCCCAGCCAGAACCAGCACCAGGACUGGGGGAUCAGAGGUCCAGCCCGGAAUCCUCACCAGCUCCAGAACGCCUCUGCUCUUUCUGCAAGCACAAUGGCGAGUCCCGGGCCAUCUACCAAUCCCAUGUGCUCAAGGACGAGGCAGGCCGAGUGCUGUGCCCCAUCCUUCGAGAUUACGUAUGCCCCCAGUGCGGUGCCACUCGAGAUCGUGCCCACACCCGCCGAUUCUGCCCACUCACUGGCCAAGGCUACACCUCUGUCUACAGCUAUACCACCCGCAACUCAGCAGGCAAGAAGAUGGCCCGACCUGACAAGGCGAGGACACAGGACUCCAGUCAACGCAGAGGAGGAGGAGCCAGUGCAGGUUCCAAAGGUGCCAGGAAGUCUUCUGGACCUUCACCCUCUUCCUUCUGCCCCUCCACUUCUGCCUAGGAGGCAGGUAUGGGAAGGAUGUCCAGGAUCCUGCCUUCACCUGGCCUGGGGAACCUGACUCCUUGAAGGCUGGAUUUCAGGGAAGAUGCAUCUGGCAAGGAUCCUCCCCUGAACGCUUCCCCCAGCCUUGGGUAAACAGCGCCUGGAAAAACUACCAAAAGAGCACUUUUGA